AUGCGCUCUGCACGGGCCAGCGUGCUGGAUCGACCCAAGUCGGCCAACGUCUCGCAGCGAGGAACCCUUGUGGCUCUCCUCUCGCCUCGGCCCGGGAACCGCCAAGCCGUGCUGCAGGCCCCGCAGCGCUGGUCAGGCACCACCAAACCCAUCAUCUCGCGCUACUGCCUCAUCGACAAGCCGCUUGAAACGACACCCGUGUCUAUGGACGUCGCACAACCGCUUUUCGAACCACGACGCCCUCAAGACGCGACGCCGCCGACAAUAUUAGCAGAGUCGGAGCCGCUGACGCUGGCGCCACCACAGCAUUCGGUGCCAUCAUCACCAAACCCGCGACGUCCCAAGGCCCCGCCAGCGUCACCGUCGACCGAGUGUUUUCACGUCCGACAAGCUCGUAUGCAAGCCGAAGAGAACGCCAGGUUGCUUGCGAACCGCGUGGCGUUUCUCGAGAUGGAGCGAGAGCGGGCCGAGGUGGACGCAAGCAAGCUCUAUGUCGAGCACUGUCGAGAGGUGCAGGCCAAGGAAGAGGCCGAGCACCACCGACGCUUGCGCCAAUCUCGGCGGGAGAAGGACGAGUGCGCCAUUCACGCCCGACGCGAGAAAACGCUGGCGCUUCAAGCCGAGCACAAGGUGCGGCUCCAGCAUACGAUUGCUCGCGUGCAAGCGCAGCGGGCGUCGAGUGCCCGCAGCGUCAAACAAAAGCGCCACGCCAUUGAGGUCGAGUGCGCGCGAAAAGAAGCUGCCGUGCUCCAGGCAAAGGUCUACGCAAAGAGAAAAGUGCUCUCGCACGAAGCGCACUUGCGCCAGCAACGCGCGCUCCGCGAGCGCGAGCACCAAGCACGACUCGACGCCGCACACGCCGUGCGCAUCCGGGUAGAGAACGAGCGCCACGAGCUCGCCGACCAACGCGUCGCCGCCAUGCUUGCGAAAGAGACCGCGCUCAAAUGCACACUCGAGAUCCAAGAGUGCCACCACCGCAUUGAGCUGCAAAAGUGCUUGGAUAUGGACACCCUUGUGUCGCCCGAUACGAUGCUGCCCGAGACGGUCUCUCCAUCGAUUUUGCCGACCUCGUUAAUUUAA